UCGUCAGCAAUGGAGACUGGUCGUGAAACAUCGGCUAAGAAUUCACUUUUAAGAGAUGAUUGUUACUCGGACUUCCUUAACGAUGAGUUUGAUGCAAAAACAUACACAGCACACGCCAUCCACAAUGCCGUCAUUGCCGAACAGCUCGCCAAACUGGCUCAAGGCAUCAGCCAGCUGGACAAAGAGCUCCACUGUCAGGUCGUGGCUAGACAUGAGGAUCUCUUGGCUCAGGCUACCGGGAUUGAGUCUCUUGAAGGUGUUCUUGAUAUGAUGCAGACAAGAAUUUCAGCAUUACAAAGUGCUGUGGACAGAAUAAGGACCAAAAUAGUUGACCCAUAUAACAAGAUUGUGGUUCGGACCUCCCAACUUGCUCGACUACAGGUGGUGUGCGACCUUCUCAGGAGGAUAAUUCGUAUCCUGUAUCUAAGUAAACGAUUGCAGGGCCAGCUUCAAGGUGGUAGUCGAGAGCUGACUAAAGCUGCUCAGAGCCUCAAUGAACUUGACUAUCUGUUUCAGGGAGUAGAUGUAUCUGGCAUUGACGUCAUUGAAAAUGACCUGGUGUUUAUCAGUCGUGCACGUCUUGAGGUGGAGAACCAGGCCAAAAGACUACUAGAGCAGGGCAUGGAGAUUCAGAACCCAUCUCAGGUGGGCACAGCGCUUCAAGUCUUCUUCAAUCUAGGCAAUUUGAGAGAGACUAUCCUUAGUGUUGUAGAUGGGUACAAAGCAUCUGUCCAAGAGAGUGUGACCAGUGCCGUUGAAAUUAAAAUCUUCACUCAGACUCCUAACAUCAGAGGUGCUCCAGGUAGAGCUGUGAUGCCCACUCCAGGAAGCACUGCUACUUUUCGUGCUGCUUUGUGGACCAACCUGGAAAAGAUGAUGGACCAGAUAUAUUCUGCAUGCAGUCAAGUGCAACACCUUCAAAAGGUCUUGACCAAAAAGAGGGACCCUGUCACCCAUGUGUGUUUCAUUGAUGAGUUUGUCAAGGAUGGUCAAUCGGACAUCUUUUACAUAUUCUGGAACUUCAUUACACAGAUGCUUUCCAAAGAACUUCAAAAAAGCACAGAAGACUCCACAUUCUUGAAGCAGGCUCUUGAAGGGGAGUUUCCAAAGUUCCUCAGGUUGUUUAAUGAGUUGUGGAAGCGGCUGCUGCAGUACAGUGCCAAUAUACAGGGCAUUCUGGGAAGCAGUGGUACAGGGCUGGAUCUUGAUCUUACAGUGUCUGAAGCUGACACUCAGGAUAUCUUCACAAACAGUAAACAAGAUUAUGAUCUAGAGAAAGCACUUAAAAAUUCCCUUCUGCCAUAUGAAGCAGCUUACUUAUCCAAAUCACUCUCACGUCUGUUUGAUCCCAUCAAUCUGGUGUUCCCGCAAGGUGGAAACAGCACACUUUCAAGUGAUGAGAUGGAUAGUAUCAUAAAAGCUAUUGGCAGUGAGCUAAAUGUAGCCUUGGUUGAUACUGGGCUUACCAUUGCUGUUGCCAAGAAUGUUUCCAAGACUGUGCAGCUCUUCUGUGUAAAGUCUGAACAUCUGCUUUGUACCCAGGGGGAUGCCAGUCAGGUCAUUGGGCCUUUGACGGAGGGUCAGAGGAGAAAUAUAGCUGUGGUUAAUUCACUGUACCAGCUGCAACAGGCUUUGGCUAAAGUAAUAUCAGGAAUUCCCUCCUUUCCACUGGCUGCAGAGCAAGUACUUAAAGCUUCCUUGGAGUCAGUUCAGGCUCUAAUGGGCAAUGCAAUCCAGCCAUUGAUGAUGUCUAUCACAGAUUCUGUGGAAGCUAUUCUCAUUACUAUGCACCAAGAAGACUUCUCAGGUCCUUUAGUGGCAGGAGACAAGCCAGAUAUGCCUUGCUCUCUGUAUAUGAAGGAACUGCAAGGCUUUGUAGCUCGUGUCAUGAACGACUACCUCCGACCGUUGCAGUCAGUGGACUUCCUUUAUGACAGAACAGAGGGCAUCGCCCAACGUGCCAUUACCCUAUUUAUACGCCAUGCUUGCUUAUUGCGCCCCCUUGGUGAGGGAGGCAAGAUGAGACUUGCUGCUGACUUUGCCCAGAUGGAGCUUGCAGUGGCUCCUCUUUGCAGAAGAAUAUCAGACCUAGGAAAAGCAUACCGUAUGCUGCGCUCAUUUAGGCCUCUUUUGUUUCAGACAACUGAGCACAUAGCCAGUAGUCAGGCAGUGGGUGAUUUGAUUCCUUAUAGCACCAUAUUGCAAUUUCUCUUCUCCCGUGCCCCAGCAGAAAUCAAGUCUCCUCACCAGACAGUAGAGUGGUCCAUUGCUCGGUACUCUCAGUGGUUGGAUGAUCAUCCCUUAGAGAAGGACCGCCUUACACUAAUCAGGGGGGCUCUUGAGGCCUAUGUUCAGUGUGUAAAAGCCAGACAAGGAAAGAAUUUUGCACCCGUGUAUCCCAUCAUGCUCCAACUUCUGCAAAAGGCCACAAGUGGAUUGUAGAAGGAUGGUAAUGAAUCUAGGAUUAGCCAGAAUCAUUUGCUAGACCAGACAGUGGACAGAAUAGGGUUCAUUUAAUGUGCUUUUUAAACAUGUGAAUUGUUUGUAAUCUUUAUUUAUGUAAAGUAGUAUAAAUUAAAUUGUUAGUUUCAACAUAUUUGUUUAAAAGUGUCUUUCUAACAUUGUUGUGUCAGAUGUUGUUAUGUUGGCUUUUGUAAUGGCAUGUAAUGUUAAAGAAUAUCAAUGUACAAACCGAAAAUUUCCAAAAAGUUGGGACAGUGCAAAAAUUCUAAUACAAACAACUUGUACAACAUUAUAUUUUAACUUUUUUACUUCUCUGGGUUGUUUAUCCUUUAAAAGUAUACUUCCAUAUUUGACUAACUUUGGGUAAAAGGGUGUAUGUUUAGUUUUCAUCUUGUAUUUAGUAUUUGCCAACCCAAUGCCAAAAUGUUGUACUAGCUAGUAAAAUGCUAGAUAAAACAUAAAUCAGUGAUUUGUAGGCUUGCUUGUAAAGGAAUUUAAUUAAAAAUGGCAGUAAAUAUUAAA